AUGUGCAACUAUAUCUGCGGUGUGGAGGGAGGUUCGACGUUUACUGAAGUUGUUAUCCUUUCAGUGGAUGGGAAGGAGUGUUCGAAAGUCGUUGGACCACAUGUUAAUCAUUGGACUUUGGGAGUUGAAACUGCUGUGGAGCGUGCACUUGGUCUCAUCGACUUGGCAUUGAACAAAGCUAAUCUACCUUCCAAUACCAAAUUUCUUUCAAUCGGUCUAGCACUGAGUGGCGUUGAUUCGAAGGAAAAUUCCCGUGAUAUUGAGAAUGAAAUUCGAAGAACAAGGCCCAAUCUCACCGAGCAUAUUUAUGCCUGUAAUGAUUGUCAGGGGACUUUAUUUUCCGCAACCGAAAAAGGUGGAAUUGUGCUCAUAGCAGGUACGGGUUCAAAUUGCAAACUUAUUAAUGAGGAUUUUUCGUCUUAUGGCGUUGGAGGCUACGGCCACAUGCUUGGUGACGAGGGCUCUGCUUUCUGGAUUACUCAUCGUGCAAUUAAAACCUACUUGGAUAAUGAUGAAGGACUUGUCCUUACAUCACACGAUACUUCUUCGGUGAAGAGGGCGAUCUUUGACUACUUCGGUUUGCAAAAUAAUGUAGAUCUUCUUGAGCCGCAUUACCACUUUGAAAAGAGUUAUUACUCUGGACUAUGCAAGAAAUUGGCAGAGCUUGCUCGCUCUGGAGACGCCUUGUGCCAACAUAUCUUCUAUGAGGCGGGUUUCUUUUUGGCUGCACAUGUUAUGGCCGUCCUUCAAAAGGCAGAUCCCCAAUGGAGAAUGAAACCUGAGGGCGUCAAUGUUGUGUGCAGAGGAGGUGUAUUUCACAGUUGGGAUCUUCUAGAGUGUGGAUUCCGGGACCGUGUCGUGCCGGACAUAAAAACCAAAAAAAUCGUCGCCUCUCUCCGUCUUAUCUUGCUCACGUCCUCGGUGGCUGCUGGAGCGGCGCUGCUCGCAGCCCAUGUCAAAUUACACCUCAGCAUUCCACGGAACCAAACCCAACAACUCCUGGUCGAAUUUCACCCCUGA